UACAGCGAAUAUUGUUCUUGAUAAUGUACUUGAACCUGUAAAUAAACCUGUUGUAACGCAGUCCAGGCAAGGUUACGGUUAAAGCAAUUAUUUCUAGCAGACAAGCGAAUUACUACAAGAGCGUGUCGCCUUGUCUUCAGUCACAGUCAUCUCCGCGUUUCAGUGACAACUCCCGUAGAAUGGCGCCAGAAGAUCCGUCGAAACGCGGUGGAAAGUGCUCAUUACGAACUUAUGAAAUCAUAUAUCUUUUGGAAAUCUUUUUCGUAAUUUGUACAAUAUCGGCACAAGAAUGCUUCGACGACGGCAACGAGUUUUGCAUCGACCAAAACGACAUACUUUCCGCGGAUCUUUUACCUGGAUCGUUUCUAUUUGGCGAACAAUACAAAACUAGUGCUCCCAAGGCAGUGGUAAGCGGAACCGUUGACGGAUCUUUUGAUAGCGCGUUAUACAAAAUGGAAUAUCACAGGAAAAGAAUGAAUGAGUAUCUUUGUCACGGCUACAUGGCGGAGGAAAUCUUCAAGGAAGUGAGCACGCCUAGAGUGAAGCGACAUCCGGAAUCUCCAUCAGCUAACAAUGUGCACAAUUUCUUGGGCGAUGACAAUGUUACAAUACACGAUAAACUUUUGGCCGAUGAAGGAAGUUCGAGAUAUAAAAACUGGCUACAACGAACAACGACGCUGAACGACGUGUAUCGGCACUACACGCCUCGCAAGAAAAUGAAACGGAAACAAGACGUCCAACAUGACGACAUUGAGGAGUUCGACGGUGAGGUGACGGGAUACGCGAUGCAAGCUCCUCUGCCAUCGAAUGGAAAAGCGGGCGUCUAUGAACCGUCCCAGGAAGACGACAUGCUGUCAUCGUCGACUGGACAUUUUUCCCUCCAUUACGGACCUUCAUCUUCGUACGGCCAUCAUCAUGGCGAUCACCUUGGACAUCAUGGCGACUUUUUUCCGUCCUUCCACGAGGAGUACUAUUAUGGGCCUCACCAACAGGAUCAUCAGCAGGAUCAUCAUCAUGAGGAGUACGCUAAACCCUCCUACUCCAAGGGAAAGGGCCAUGAUCUGUCUAUUAAGGAUUUCUUCGAAAUCGCACUCACCGCACUUGCGUUCCUGGCAUUCGGGCUGUUCGUCAUUCAGCUCUUGAUGAAUUGCACGGAUUAUAGUGGCAGCAGGCGAAUCAGGAGACACGUGAUUUCUCUCUCCUCGUCUGUCAUUAGCAAAGAGGAUUUGAACGAGCUGUCCUAUCGCGUUUUGAGGUCCGUCGAAGCAGCCAUGGUCGCCGAAGCAGACUCCGGUAAUUGUCUGCGCAGGAUACUGUGCGAGGAUAAUCAAUAUUCCAAGGGGACUAAGGACGAUCGUAGAAUUUGGAUUCCCGUUUGGAGCUUGGGCAUGAGUUGGUUGUCGGGCAGAAUGCUACACAAGACUCCGUGGUCGGCAAUGUUGGAUUCUGUGAAAGCAUCUAUUCUGGGCUUGGGUGGCGUCAACUGCGCCUCUUUCUACCCGGACUGCGAUCUCGAGGGGGAAAGGACUAAGAGGCGUCGCAGAAGAAGGAAAUAAUCAAUGCUUUACAAGGCUUUACGAGGCUAGUGUCCAUACACAAAAUGAAUUAAACGGCAGCACGUGGAGAAAUCUUCGACAUAAUUUGUAUUCAUGAAUAAUAAAUUGCAGUAUAGUUAAG